GAAAAAAAGAAGUGAGAAAAAACAAUACUGUUUCAGAACCAAUGGCCACCGCCGUGCUCCGCUGCCCGCUGCUCGCCUCGCCUCUCCCGGCCGGCGGCGGCGCCGCCGCCUCGUGCUCCGGCUCCUCCCGCCCCACGCGCUUCCUUCUCCGGCGGCGAAGGUGCCCGAGCCCCCUGCUCGCCGUCUCCUCCGACUCCUCCAAGCCCCUCGCCUCCUCCUCGACCGGCGGCGGCGGCGACCCCGACGAGGAGCCCGUCCUGCCCCUCCUCCAGGAACUCGCAGAUUGCUUGGUGCUCCCGCCCAAAUUCCUGUCCCUGCUGCCUCGCGACCUUCGCCUCGAUCUGAAUGACGCGGCAUUCGAUCUCUCCAACGGGCCUGUUCUGAAUGAGUGCGGCCAAGAAGUCGGUGAUCUGCUGCUGGACCUGGGAAAAGCAUGGGAGAUGGCUAACACAGAAGCAUCAAAUAACCUUGCCAAGCAGCUGCCGUCAAUGGCGCCCUACUUGACUGCCAGCGCGAAAUCAGCAUUUGGCAAGCGGCUGGCAUCAGCUGGAAAGAAGUUUCAGACCAUGGGGCAGUAUGGCAAUGGAGAGUUCAAGAAGAUUUCUGAAACAAUGAUCAAGAUCGGUAAGGUUCUAUCGAAACGCCCAGUGAUUCAAGCUGAAGUAGAGGCCACGAAAGAAAAACGAAAGCUAAAGUUUGCAGGAGCUGAAUUCGAAUUGACAGCGCAAAAUGCAUACAUCGGUGCUGCAGUUGGACUGGUUUUCGGGUUUUUCUCCUGGCAGCUGGCCCAAGGCGUGCAAAGCAGUCCAGACGACAGCCAGUUCUUCUUUUUCUUUCUGAUGCAGCCGCUCAAGGUCCCGCUGCUGCUUCUCGGCUACACUUCGACGGCCCUGUCCGCGGCCGCGGCGGUGGGGCUCGUGGUGCUGGCCCUGCAGAUGAACCCCGAGGACAAAUCGGACUAACUGAACUGUCUUUUAGUUUCUCUUUUUCUUGAGCUGGAACUGCCUUUUUCAGUUCCUGAAAACCGCUGAGCUCGCGCGGCGUCUUAACCCCCCCUGGAAGACUGUAAAAACCUGCAAUGCUACCUUGAGUUAACUAUAAAAUCUGUUUGCCCUCA